AUGUCACAUUUUGACCUAACUGGCUGCAUGAAGAGGAAGAGAGGAGAGAGAGUUUUCAAGUUCAAGAACUUUGGAAAAGAGGGCUUUCCAGUAGAGUUUAAUGGUUCAUUUCUGCAAAAUGUGAAAGCCCUCUUGGAAAUAGGUGUUUUGGAGAAAGGUUUAUGUGGUGGAAUGGCAAGUUGGUCCUUUCAGCUUGAGGUUAAUCGACAUCCUCCUGUUUAUAUCUUGCUCUUUGUUGUUGAAGAACCGAUUGAGCUAUCACUGCAUCCUCAUUGCAAGCAUUGCCAGUAUAUUGGCUGGGGGCACCAUAUGAUAUGCAAUAAUAAGUACCACUUCUUGGUACCCUCCAAGGACACUGUCAUGGCUUGUACGAGCUACCAAGGAAACUACGACGACGUCGGUGCAAUUCCAGCAGAGGCACCAUAUAUAGGAAAAUGCAAUCUUGUAAUCUCCAAUUCAACUCAAAACUAA